UGUGACCUGCUCUCGUCAAUGCAGCAGCAGCACUGCAGUGUGGUGUACUUAUCUUGAAAGCGCGUGUUCCAUUAUAUAGUAAUUUAACCUUGUGUUGAUACUAAUUUUUUUUUACCAAUAAGUAAUUAACUUACUUUUUAUUUGAGUGAGUCGUCCCAUUGAAUAGUGAUCCGAUCGUUCGCAAGUCAUGGGUGACAUCAAGGCGUUUAUGCACCAGUGGUGCACGAAAAACCAAGCGGAGCCUCAGUUCGAAGUGAGGCCUACUGGUCCCAAGCAUAGACAACGGUUUCUCUGCGAGCUACGCGUCACCGGCUACGAUUACGUAGCCAUUGGCAACUCAACUAACAAAAAGGACUCUCAGGGCAAUGCCUCGCGUGAUUUUCUCAACUACCUGGUGCGCAUCGGCAAACUCAAUGCCAAUGACGUUCCCGCUGAUUUGGGUACAACUGGGCCGGCUGACAUUAGCCAGGAGCCGGGUGGCACCAGUACGCCCAAUAGACCCGUUUUCAGAGAUGGCAUGACACCCAACGACAUUGGCCAAGCCUACAGGCCUUACAAUGAGAGAGGACAAAACAAUUACACGUACAUAGACAGAUUGGCCGAUCAAAAGAGGGUUGAAGAAGCCGAGGAUGUGGACGUUAAUUCUGGCAUUCACGGCAACUGGACGAUCGAAAAUGCCAAGUCUAAACUGCAUCAGUUCAUGCAGAUUCAUAAAAUUAACACCGAUUAUAAGUAUACCCCGGUUGGGCCUGAUCACACCAGGAGCUUUAUGGCUGAGAUGUCAUUUUAUGUCAAACAACUUGGACGAAAUGUCACAGGUCGCGAAACAGGGUCAAACAAGCAGACAGCAUCUAAGAGCUGUGCUCUUUCGCUUGUGAGACAAUUAUAUCAUUUAGGAGUCAUAGAAGCAUUUUCUGGAACAUUGAAAACAAAAAAAGAAGGUGAUCAGAUGAAGCCUUACCCGGUAAACAUUCUCCCAGAGUUGGUAGAGGAAGUUCAAUCACUUCUAGAGAGUUUAGAAAUCAAGCCCAUUUCGAUUAAUCAGCCAACAUCAGUACCUGCUAAAACAGAAGAUGAAAACAAUAGAACAAGUCCCGCCAUCUCUCUAGUCACGGAUCAUGUUCUCGAUGAUUUUAUUUCAUCAAAGCCCCAGCCUGCUGGUGUCGUUAGCUGGUCUCCUCCACAACAAAACUGGAAUCCUUGGACUGGCUGCAAUAUCGACGAGGGGCCUCUCGCUACUAUGCCACUUGAUAAACUGUCCGAAGAUAUUAUGAAUGAUGCUCGUGAUCGCAUGCAACAGACGCAAGAUCUACAACAGAGCUUGAAAUCCCGCUCUAAGCUUCCGGUGUUUGCUAAAAAAAAUGAAAUCAUGGCGGCUAUCAACGAACACCCGGUCGUCAUAAUCCGUGGUAACACUGGAUGCGGUAAGACGACUCAAGUCUGUCAAUUUAUCCUAGACGAUUACAUCGCUAGUGGCCAAGGUGCUUACUGUUCCAUUGCCGUAACCCAGCCGAGACGUAUCUCGGCGGUUUCAGUAUCCGAUCGUAUAGCUGUUGAAAGGUGCGAGCCUCUUGGUCAGAGUGUUGGUUACUCCGUCCGUUUCGAGUCUUGCCUUCCAAGACCCUAUGGUAGCAUUAUGUUUUGCACUGUUGGGGUGUUGCUCAGAAAGUUGGAAGGCGGUUUGAGGGGAGUAUCUCACGUUAUUGUUGACGAGAUCCACGAGCGCGAUGUCAACUCUGACUUCAUCAUGGUCGUGCUCCGUGAUAUGAUUCACGUGUACCCAGAUUUAAGAAUCAUUCUUAUGUCUGCCACUAUUGACACCACUCUCUUCAGUCAAUACUUCAACAACUGUCCAGUCAUUGAAAUUCCCGGGCGAUCGUACCCUGUACAGCAGUACUUCCUCGAAGACUGCAUAGAAUUGACGAAAUUUGUGCCACCAUUAGAUUCGAGGAAGCGCAAGAAGCGAGAUGAGGAUGACUUGCCAAAUGAUGCAGAACCAGAAGAAAACUUAAAUAAGAUCGUUCCUGUAAACUACAGUACUCACACGAAAAAUUCAAUGUCACAGCUCACGGAGAAAGAUAUUAGCUUUGAGCUCAUAGAAAGCCUUUUGCGUUACGUCAAGGAACAAAACAUCCCUGGUGCCGUCUUGAUCUUCUUACCGGGAUGGAAUCUUAUCUUUGCGCUGAUGAAACAUCUGCAGCAGCAUCCACUGUUUGGUGGUAGUGAUUACGUCAUCAUCCCGCUGCACUCACAGCUACCGCGUGAGGACCAACGCAAAGUAUUUGAUCCGGUAGGAGAGAACAGGACCAAGAUUAUUUUGUCAACCAAUAUCGCCGAGACUUCAAUUACUAUCGAUGAUGUCGUCUACGUCAUUGAUUCGUGCAAAGCUAAGAUGAAGCUUUUUACCUCGCACAACAAUAUGACUAACUAUGCCACUGUGUGGGCUAGUAAGACGAAUCUUGAGCAAAGAAAAGGCCGUGCUGGUCGUGUACGUCCUGGUUUUUGUUUUCAUCUCUGCUCCAGAGCUCGUUUUGAAAAAAUGGACGAACAUAUGACACCUGAAAUGUUCCGAACACCGUUGCACGAGCUUGCGCUCAGUAUCAAAUUACUGAGAUUGGGAAGCAUUGGACAAUUUUUAUCAAAAGCUAUUGAACCACCUCCAAUUGACGCUGUCAUUGAAGCUGAAGUGAUGCUGAGAGAAAUGAAGUGUUUGGAUAAGAAUGAUGAGCUCACGCCACUAGGCAAAAUCCUCGCUCGUUUACCGAUCGAACCGCGCCUUGGCAAAAUGAUGAUCCUUGGCUGCAUGUUCCGAAUAGGUGAUGCCUUGUCUACCAUGGCAGCCAAUAGCUCAACUUUUCCAGAGGUGUAUAACAUGGGUCCAGAUAUGCGACGGCUAUCCCAUCAACAGAAGGCGUUUGCUGGCGCCCGCUACAGUGAUCAUGUAGCCAUGUUGCACGUCUUCCAGUGCUGGGAAGAAGCCAGAGCUGGAGGCGAAUACGCUGAAACCACUUUUUGCGAAUCCAAAAAUGUGAGCUUGCCAACUUUGCGUGUUACCUGGGAAGCUAAAAAUCAAUUACAAGCGCUUUUGACGAGUGCUGGAUUCCCAGAGGAAACUCUCUGUCCAACACCUUUGAACUACCAAGCUGGUGCGGACGUUCGUCUGGACACUAUCACAGCUUUGCUUUGCAUGGGUCUAUAUCCAAACGUUUGUUUCCACAAAGAAAAGAGAAAAGUUUUGACCACAGAAUCAAAAGCUGCUCUGAUACACAAAACUUCCGUAAAUUGUAGCAAUUACGAGCAGAACUUCCCAUUCCCGUUCUUCGUAUUUGGAGAAAAAAUUCGUACUCGAGCCGUUUCCUGUAAGCAAAUGACAAUGGUGUCACCCCUUCAUUUACUGCUUUUCGGCUCGCGUAAAGUAGAAUAUGUUGAUGGCAUCAUCAAACUUGACAAUUGGAUAAACCUCGAAAUGAAUCCUCACCAUGCCGCGGUGAUAGUUGCACUUAGACCCGCUUUGGAGAGUCUAGUAAUAAAAGCUUCUAAAGAUCCAGAGACCAUUCUAGAACUCUCUCCUUUGGAUGAAAAGGUGCUUUCAGUUGUCAAAAGUCUGUGUGGGAUGAACGCCUGUCGACAUAACAUGGAGCCCAUUACCGGCGGUGGGUUUACGUCUAGACGACCACCGCGAGGACACAUGACUGGAAGGGACUUUGGACCUGGUGAUCGUGGAGGUUUUGGAGGUUUUGGUCGUGGUGGCGGCAAUAACGACAAUAGUCCACCUCCUAAACUAAUGAACUUAGAUACUGGAUUCUCUAGAGGCGGUCGCGGUUUCCCAGGAAAUAACUUUGGUGGUCGCGGUAGCUUUCGUGGAAAUAACUUUGGAUUUAGGGGUGGACGAGGAGGUGGGUUCCGAGGCCGAGGAUUUUUUUAAGGAAGAUAGCAUCUUUCUUUUUUUUCUAUUAACUUUUUGUAAAAAAAUAUUUAAAAAAAAAAAAAAAAAAAUUCUGUAACAGAACAAAUUCCAUUAUAAUUUUAGCAAAUAUGAAUAAAGAUUACUUAAUUAUAAUGUUUUUUAAAAGCUUUUCAAGUUUUUAAUCAAAGCUUAAAUGUAAUCUCUUAUAACCAUGUUUCAUAUGAAAAUCUGAUGACAA